AUGAGUGCCCAAGCAGCUCCUAAGUGGUAUCCAUCCGAAGACGUCAAAGUCGCAAAGAAGACCAGAAAGGCUUCUCGUCCACAAAAGUUGCGUGCCUCUUUGGUCCCAGGUACCGUCUUGAUCUUGUUGGCCGGCCGUUUCAGAGGUAAGAGAGUCGUCUACUUGAAGAACUUGGAAGACAACACCUUGUUGGUCUCUGGUCCAUUCAAGGUCAACGGUGUCCCAUUGAGAAGAGUCAACGCCCGUUACGUCAUUGCUACAUCUACCAAUGUUUCUUUGGAAGGUGUCAACGUUGAGAAAUUCAACGUUGAGUACUUUGCUAGAGAGAAGUUGACCAAGCAACAAAAGAAGGAAGCUAACCUAUUCCCAGAACAACAAAACAGGGAAGUCAAGGCUGAGCGUGUUGAAGACCAAAAAUCUGUUGACAAGGCUCUAUUAGCUGAGAUCAAGAAAACCCCAUUGUUGAAACAAUACUUGGCUGCCUCUUUCUCUUUGAAGAGCGGUGACAAGCCACAUUUGUUGAAAUUCUAA